AUGGCUAUCACAAAGGUCGCCGGACCUGUUGGCUACCACGACAGCGACGAUGACGACUACGAGGUGGUGCACCAUCCGCAGCCCCAACAAGCACCAGAGAUAAUUGCGCCGCAGCCGGUUCCGGUUCCCGUGAACCAGUCGACCAUCUCCAGUGUCUCGACUGCCGCCGUUGAUAUCGAAGCCUGGACCGUCGCUGCCCUCGAGUCCUUGCGGAUCGCCAACAAUGCGCGCAGUACUGGGAAUCCGCUCGUGAUUCCCUUGGACGGCGAACCGGCAGCGGCAGCAGGGCCAACCGAUCCCGCGUCGAAGUUGCGCAAUGUGGUGUUCGACGAUGGUGACGAUACAUAUGCCGCAAAUGUCACGCCGCCGCGCCGACCUCCUUCGCGCCGAGACAGCAUGAAGAGGCGCGAGGCUCUAAUGAAGGGCAAGGAAGUUGGGCCGACGUAUCCCAUCCACGACAAUAUGCCGUACCACCUCGCGCAGUACUGGGACAGGGGGCUCCGCGAGCGCGUCGAGGAGCGCAAGGCCGCCUUCGCCGUACAUCGCAAGAAAACCGUUACGGCCACCAGCCACCAGUUGGGUGGAGGCACCACGGCUGUCUCCUUGGUGGUCUCGUCAUCUGUUGCCAAGACCCGCGCAGAUGUGGGGAAGGUCCCCAAGGAUUUGCGUGCCACGGCCAAGAAGACACCUGCCGUCAAGGCAUGGCUGCGUGUGUUGGAGGAGCCGGUGAGGGAGUUCGUUGUUCAGCAGCAACGCGGACAGAAUGCGGCGGCCAAGAGGGAGCAGCAGCAACAAAAGUCUCGGGACAGUGGAAGCCAGGGUGAUGAGCUCGGGUCAGAUGAGGAGGAAAUCCUCUUCACUGGGCGGAAGACAGCUGCAACUGCGGCUGCCGGUGGUAAACCCCCGGCCAAGAAUGCAUCCUCAGAAAGGGGCACAGAGAAGGGAAUCCAACUGCUGCCCGACACGAGGAUGAUGCUUGAUACUCUGGGGGACGACGAACACGGAGCCUCGUUCAAGCGAUGGCUCACGCAUUCCAUCUCGGACUACUAUGGGCUAGACUCCAAGUCGGUCUUCUUGGGAAAUCCAGCGAGGAAGGUGGUGUACAUUGGUCUGAAGCAGGUCGGCAACGGUCCUAAGAGGCGGGCUGCACCUGCAAGACAGAUGCUGAUACCGCCGCCGCUGUGGGAGAUGUUCUGA